AUGGCGGACACAACGGCACCAACAGCACCAGCACCGGCACCGGCACCGGCAGUGCCAGCCGCAGCGGCAGCUCCCCCUCCGCCCCAGGGUACCAUCGUGUCCGCAACAUCGGACCCCUCCAAGCCCUCGCUGCGGUACCAGGCCGGCGGCGGCGCCAGCGAGACGGAGCGCACCGUCAAGACGCUCGGCGACUCGGUCAUACCGCACCUGACAAAGAUCUUCAACGUCCACGCCGGCCAGGACGACAAGAAGUGGCACAAGGAGCAGAUUGCCUCGUUUGUCAAGAACGUCCAGGCCGAGGAAACGCCCGAGUGCCUGGUGGCCAACACGUCUGAAGCGUCAGCAUCACCAGAGGAACUCGACUUCAACGGCUUCCUUGACUACAUGACCUCGUCCGCCUCGGCCAUCACCCACCCCGUCCACGAGGAGGACCUGUCGUACCCGCUCUCGAGCUACUUCAUCAGCUCCAGCCACAACACUUACUUGACGGGAAACCAGCUGUACAGCGAGUCGAGCACCGACGCCUACAGAAACGUGCUGGUGAGGGGUUGCCGGUGCAUCGAGAUUGACGUCUGGGACGGCGAUGAUUCGGACAAUGAGGAUGGUACCUCGGUGAGUAGCAGUGAUGAGGAGACCGUUGCUGCGGCUGCUACCUCGGGUCAAGCUAAGCCGAAGAAGGAGAAGAGGAGCAAGCUUGCGAUGCUCAAGGAUAAGAUGCCCGGUUCUCUGGCGAGUAGGCUGGAGAAGACUUCGUUGGGGAAGAAGAUGGAUGAGAGGAUUGAAAAAUCUACGAGCCCGCCGACGGAGACGGCUACCGCUCGGUCAGCCGGUACUGCUGCCUCUGCCACUCCAGCUCCCGCCUCUCAACCGCCGCUGCAGAAGACUCCCUCGCCGAGGAUGUUCCCCAUCGAGCCCCAGGUCUUCCACGGCUAUACCCUCACUAAAGAGGUGCCCUUCCGGCACGUCUGCGAGACGAUCCGCGACUACGGCUUCCACUCGGCUGACACGCCCCUCAUCGUCAGUCUCGAGGUGCACUGCAGCGCCGAGCAGCAGGAGAUCAUGGUGAAGAUCAUGGAGGACACGUGGGCCGGCCUGCUCGUCCCCACCCCCGACGUAGACGCCCCCGAGCUGCCGCGCCCCGCGGACCUGAUGGGCAAGAUUCUCGUGAAGGUCAAGUACGCACCGCCGCCGAUUGCAGGCGCAACCGACGCACAGGAAGACGACUCGGAGGAAGACGGAAAGACCACGCCACCGGCAGCACCACCAAAAAGCAAAAAGGCCGCGAAACCCUCCAAGAUCAUCCAGGCGCUCAGCAGGCUGGGCGUCUACACCCGCGGCGUGUCCUUCAAGUCCCUUGCGCAGCCCGAGGCCUCGAUGCCGACGCACAUCUUCUCGCUGUCAGAGAAGGGCGUCAUGGAGGUGCACGAGAAGCAGGGCGACGCGCUCUUCCACCACAAUCGGCACUACUUGAUGCGCGCGUAUCCGUCGGGCCUGCGCAUCGGGUCAUCCAACCUCGACGCGGCCGUCUUCUGGCGGAGGGGCAUCCAGAUUGUCGCGCUGAACUGGCAGAACUGGGAUGAGGGGAUGAUGCUCAACGAGGGCAUGUUUGCGGGUACCAAGGGUUAUGUUUUGAAGCCCGAGGGAUACCGAUGCCUCAAAACCGGCUCAACCCCAGACCCAGCAUCACCCACCACCCCGCAAAUCACCUACAAAACCCUCGACCUCCAAAUCGACGUCCUCGCAGCCCAAAACCUGCCCCUCCCGCCCGGCGACACCCGCAUCUCAGGCUUCAAGCCCUACGUAAAGGUCGAAAUCCACGUCGAGUCCCCCGAAGAGCGCCUCCCAGGCGCGCACAUCAAAGACGACGGCCGCGAGCGCGAGAGCGAGUUCAAGGCCAAGACGAAAUCGAACCGCGGCGUCGACCCGGAUUUCAAGGGCGAAGCGUUGCAGUUCUCCGGUGUGCCGGGCGUGGUGGAGGCGUUGACGUUUGUGAGGUUCACCGUUAGGGACGAUGAGAUUGGGCGGGAUGAUUUAGCUGCGUGGGCGGCGGUGAGGUUGGAUCGGUUGAGGGCUGGGUAUCGGUUCGUGCAUCUCAUGGAUUGCGAGGGACGGCUGACGGAUGGGGUUGUGCUUGUGAGGGUUACCAAGAAGUUGACCUGA